CAAGAUGCCGCGCUCAGCGCGCUCGCUUUCGGCGCGAGACGAAAGCGAAGUGAAUGGGCCCAGAGAUCCGGGAAUUCUGGGAUGGAAAGCAUGUGCUGGAGCUCGAGAUCGAUGAGAAGCACCUGAAAGGGAUCCUGGAGACGCAGGCAGUUCAGAUCUGCAGCUACCUGACCUCCUGUCAUGUGAGAGCCCUCCUGCGUGCCUUACGCUUGGACGCCACUUCGAUCCAUCAAAUAUGGUGGGAAAUGCUUGCGAACCUCCGUCAACGAGCCAAGGUGUCGCGCAUCGAGCACCUUCAGGAGUGGAUUGACCGAAGGCUCCAAAAAGCGGUCGGGCGGCCGAAGGUGUUGCGGCGCGCCUUUUGGGCGCUGCAGUCGCUCCUGUGCGAGAGCUGCGGCCGACGGUCUCCAUGCACUCGAGAAGCUUGCAACAGCCAGAGGUGCAAGUUCAUCGGUGAGAACAAGAAGCUUUGGGGCGUCGACCUGUGCUGUCGAUGCGGCGAGGAAUAUGUGGACAUCAAUUACUACCAGGAGCGAAUCCAGGAAACACUGCGACACCACCGACGAGUUCAAGAGCUGUUGAGUGCAAAGCAGGUGAAGGAGCUUCUCAUUUGGAACAUGGACCCAGGAAUUUUUCAGAAUCACUUCUUCGACAGCAAGGACCUCAACAUCGAUUGGGCUGGUUCCCUGGCUCACUACACUCUUUGCAGCCUCACUCUGCGGAGGUAUUGGAAGAGGAUGGCAGACUUGGAGGUGUGCUUGGGGCGCCUCGCAAUUGAGCUGUUGGAUGCUCGCAAUGGUCACCUCUUCCGUCGUUUGGAGGCUUUGGGUUUUCACGUGCUGGGCUGCAAGCAGCGCAAGCUGAAAGACCCGGAACACUUGGACCAGGAGAACUUGACGUUUCCACAGCUCAAGUUCAUCGAUUGGCGAGUGACUCAUGAGAUCAGUGCUGCUGACCGAAGAUCUCGGCCUCAAACUGUGCAAAGAGUGAAAGGGAGGCUGGUGCCCACAACUGAGGACCCCUCCGAUGUGGGCAGCUCCAGUGAUGAGGAGGAUUUCAACGAGCCUGCCGGUGAUUUCCAACACUUGCUGUCUCGAGAGGUAUCGAUCCAGCUCUCGAAUGUCGCGCGGAUGAUCCGCCACGCGGGCAAGGUGCGUAAGGGGCAACCGGAACACCUGCCGCUCAUUGAAGAGCUCGAGGAGCGCAUGGGGCGUUGGCUUCGCUGCUUGCAGAUGUUCUUGUCGCGAGUUGAGCAGAUGGACUUGGUCUUGAGUUUUUUUCAUCGUUUGGACCCACUCUUCAAGUACGUGACGUCUCACUCCAAGCUGACUCGCAAAGACCCUCCGGAUGUGAUCAGUUUGAAAACGGUGGAUGCCUUCUUCCAGGCCUUUCUGGGUGAAGGCGUGUGCACAUCGCGCCGAAAGGCGGAUGAAGUCUUUGAGAGGCUGAUGUGCCGGGGCAUGAGUACCUAUCUCGGUCCAGGACUUCAGCACUUCGCCAUGACCAGAGCUUGGGCCCAAGCGUUACACGAGCACCUGCUGGCGGAGGCCUCGAAGUUGAAGUCGGAUUCGCGGCGAAGCAAGCUGCUGCAGCUCGCGGAGUUUUCUCAGACUCGCUUCUGCAGCCACUACGGCAACAAGCGCCCUCGUGACGUCGAAGCGGGCGUUGCAUGCUCUGAAAUCGCCUGGAGAUACAGCACUUUCAAGCUCAUAGAGAUUUGGGUUGGAGAUCCAGAGUUUCUGAUCGAAUUGAGCAAGAAGCGUGCCGAUUUGGUGAUGUGCUGGCUAGAGAAUUCAGGUCAGGUCCGGAUGUUCUAUGAUUUAGUUAAGGUUCUGCGGCAGCUGGAUCCUUUCCGGCCGCGGAUCGUGGAACGGUGCAGGGUGAAGUUGCGGAUGGCCAUCAAGGAUUGGGCCAAGGAGCUGAAGGAAGCAGGAGCCUUGAGGGAUGUACCAGCCAAGAAGAAGAGGAACAAGCGGCAGAAGGAGCAAGCAGAACCAGUUCCCCCAAGACGACGGAAGCCGAAGGAAGAGAUGGAGCUUGAAAUAUGGAGGAGGAGUCGUUAUUUGGUUCCACCUCACACAAAUCGAGGUGCGAAGAAACGAAAGAAGCCACCAGAAGUCCAAGUCAUUACAGAUUCUCCGGUGAAGUCAGACGGCGAUGUGGUGGAGGUGGUGGAUUUGGAGGUGUCUCCCGUGGCGUCUGAGAUCUCUUCUGCAAUUCCUUUGCAAGAUGGAGAUGAACCAGCUCCUUUGGUGGAUGUCCCAGCAGCUUCUCCAGCUGCACUGCAAGACCUUGAAGGUAGAGAUGAGUUCAUGCGCGAGGUCGAUGAGGAUGGCCUGCCAUCAGGAGUGCCACGUGGGAACCUACCAGAUGGGCCAGGUGCUCCGGAAGCGCCUCUGCCUGAGCCCUCUGACGAGUCACCAGUUUGCCGCUCCAAAGCCCGAAAGUCCAGGAGAGCCAAGAGGAGCAAAAAGGGCCAGACCUAAGGACCUAAGGACAGGACGCAGGACGCAGGACGCAGGACGUGACACGUGCCGCAAAACCGGUGAGUUACUGGAGGCAGAUGGGACCUGUUCAUCCAGGCCCCUCUGGGCUGGAUACACUGAA